ACAAAAGAUCACAAUGGAUUCCGCCGCCAUCCGCCUGCCGCCGCAACCGUCGUCUUCGGAGCCUUCCGCCUCCGGAGCACUGGAGGAGGUAGUGGAAGUGCUCAACAGGCUAAUCCCCUCCACGGUCUCCAUAAAUAGCUUCGGUUCGAGAUGGCAAGUCCUGCGUGUGAAGCUCGCGUCGCUUAAAUCCAUAGUCGGCGAAAUUGCCGACUCGGCGCCACGGUCGGAGAAUCCUCUCCUUCAGCCGCUUCUCUCCGCGUUGACCUCCACGCUCCUCCGCGUCGAAAUCCUAUGCCGACAAUGCUCCGACGCGUCCUUCAGCCGCGGCAAGCUGCUGAUGCAAUCGGACCUCGACAUGGCCGCGGGUUGGCUCUCGAAGCAGAUUAAUGACUUGGAGCUCCUCAUCCGCUCCGGAGUUCUUAGUCAGUCCACCGCCAUUGUUCCGUCUCGCCCCAAUGGGAACUCUUCCACUGAGGAGCUUACUUUCUUCGUCAAAGACCUCUUCGCUAGAUUGCAGAUCGGCGGCCUGGAGUUCAAGCGGAAAGCCUUGGAUUCACUGAUUCAAAUCUUAUCAGAGGAUCUUAGCUCCGCCGUGAUUGUCGCGAAAGAGGGAAAUCUCAACUGCUUGAUUUCCUUGCUCGAUUCCAACAGCCACGAUUCCAUCAGAGAAUUAGUGGUUCACGCGCUUUCACUGCUUGUUUCCGCCGGCGAUUUGCCUCGGAAAUGCGUCUUCGAAGAAGGCGCCCUCGGUCCUCUACUGAGAACAAUUGAUUGCAGCUCGAUUCUGAUGAAGGAAAAAGCGGCCAUGGCGGUGGAAUUCAUUACCUCUCAGUCCGACCACGCUUGGGCAAUUUCUGCUUACGGAGGCGUUCCGAUUCUUGUCGAAUUGUGCAAAUCAGGUACUCCUACUGCUCAAUCACACGCAAUUGGUUCAAUCAGGAACAUUUCCAUAGUCGAAGAUAUUCAGAUUGCUCUAGCAGAAGAAGGAGCCAUCCCUGUUCUAAUGCAGUUGCUUGUUUCUGGCAACGCUUCGGCUCAACUGAAAUCGGCCAACUGCAUAUCGAUUCUAGCUUCCUCUGGUGAGCAUUUCCGCGACUUGUUCUUAAAGGAGCAGUGCUUGUCGAAAUUGUUGCAUUUAUUUCACGAAUGCCCAACUGCAAAUACAUUAGAACAUGUCUUGCGUGCUAUUUAUUCCUUAUCUACCUCGGAUGCUACCUGCCGGUAUUUAUGCGAAUCAACCAUGUUCGUAGCACGAAUUGCAGAGCUCAUACAGUAUGGGAAACUAAUCAGGCUGCAGCACAUAGCUGCAUCUCUGCUUGCUAAGUUACCAGUUAAUGAUAGUGGUAAAACUCCCAUUUCCAUUUCCGGGUGCAUAUCUUCUUUGUUGAAGCUAAUGGAGACUGUAAAACCAAAUGGGAUUCAAGAAGUUGCGGCGAAAGCAUUGGUUACUGUAUUGUCGGUGAAGUCCAACAGAAAAGCAUUUGUGAGGGAUGACGAGUGUCUGUCGAGGCUGGUAAAAAUGUUGGAUCCUGAAAAUGAAGUAGUGUCAAAGAAAUUCCCGGUGGCUAUUGUGGCAGCUGUAAUGGCCAGGGGAAGCCAGGCCUGUCGAAAGAAGCUAGUGGCAGCUGGUGUUUGCGGGCACUUAAAGAGAUUAGGGGAGAUGGAUGUUCCGGGAGCCAAAAAGGCUCUGCAGAGACUCUCGGCAAAUAGGCUGAUCACCAUACUAUCCAUGUCCUGGAAGGAAUAAUCAGCCGAGUCAGUUUCAGCCGAGCACUCUGCCAACAACAGAGGAGGGAUAGAUUCAAUAACUUACAGUUUGACAAGUAAGCUGUACAAUGUUUUUCUCUUAUUACAAGUCGGAGUACAAGUUACAUGUCCGGGAAAUCGACUAUCAUCAUUUAUAAAAGCCUUUUGUUGAUGAACUGAAUCCUCGAUUAGGGCAGAUGCAGAUUGUUUUUUGUUAGAUGACCAACAUGUAGCCAAGUUGCAGGUAUUAAUCAACAUUAAAUACAUAGACAGUCGGGACCAGAUAUGAUAGAUAGGGUCGUGAUCUGAUCUGUAUCCAUACUCUUGUUCUAUUACAUAAUUUAUAUACACCACGCCAUAUCCAUAUCCAUAUCAAUAUCCAUAUAUAUAUUAUGUAGCUAAUUAAGCAAGGGCCAUAGGCUGUCCAGAAUCCAUCUGUGUAAGAUCUCCUAUGGCCCAUUCCCACUCCCACUCCCACUCCUGAGCUAUGCUGAUCAUUAUCGACAUGUUCAUCUCCUCUUCGACAGAUCUUUGGCACCAUAAUCAAUUUGCAUCACAGUUUUCUAAUCUUGUCUUGAAGUUAUAUGAAUUGUUUCCAACUCUUUUUCUUGUUUUUAAUGAAAAGUAAU